AUGAGCGGCGGUCCUCAGCCAAAGGGGAUUCAGUUCAGUAGACUCUACUCGUUUUCAUGUUUUAGGUCUUCUUUUAGGGAUGAACAUAGUCAGAUUGGGCAAAAGGGUUACUCUAGGGUUGUGUACUGUAAUGACCCGGACAGCUCGGAGCAGCUCGUGCUCCGGUACCGGAGUAACUAUGUUUCGACCACUAAAUAUACGGCGGUUAAUUUUAUUCCCAAGUCUUUGUUCGAGCAGUUUAGAAGGGUCGCCAAUAUAUAUUUUCUCGUGGUGGCUUGCGUGUCGUUUAGCCCGUUAGCUCCUUACACGGCUUCGAGCAUUCUUGCGCCUUUGCUCUUGGUGAUUGGGACAACAAUGGCUAAGGAAGGGAUCGAGGAUUGGAGGCGUCGAAAGCAGGACAUAGAGGCCAACAAUCGGAAGGUUAAAGUUUGUUCAAGAUAUCAGAAUUUUCACCAUACAAGAUGGAAGAAUUUAAGAGUUGGCGAUCUCGUUAAAGUUCACAAGGAUGAAUAUUUUCCUGCAGAUCUUCUCCUUCUUUCGUCUAGCUACGAAGAUGGAAUAUGCUAUGUUGAGACAAUGAAUCUCGAUGGAGAGACUAAUCUGAAAGUAAGGCAUGCUCUAGAUGUCACAUCCUCAUUAAACGAAGAUAAUUCCAUCCAAAAAUUCAAGGCCGUAAUUAAAUGUGAGGACCCAAAUGAAGACCUUUACACCUUCGUUGGUACUCUGUAUUAUGAGGGUCAACAAUAUCCUCUCUCUCUUCAACAGUUUCUCUUAAGAGACUCGAAAUUGCGAAACACCGAGUAUGCAUAUGGUGUAGUUGUUUUUACGGGCCACGACACUAAAGUCAUGCAAAAUGCCACUGAUCCUCCCUCAAAGAGAAGCAAAAUCGAGAAAAGAAUGGAUCGAAUUAUAUACGUUCUAUUUAGCAUGUUAAUGCUAGUCUCUUUUAUCGGGUCUUUCUUUUUCGGUAUCAAUACAAAAAACGACAUAAAAGGAGAUGGGAGUUUAAAGCGGUGGUACCUCAGACCGGAUGAGACGACUGUUUUUUUCGACCCCGAAAGAUCGGCAUUGGCUGCAUUUUUCCAUUUUUUGACGGGGCUUAUGCUUUACGGUUAUCUCAUACCUAUAUCCUUGUAUGUCUCAAUCGAGUUAGUAAAAGUUCUGCAGAGCAUAUUCAUUAAUCAAGACAGGGAUAUGUAUUUCGAUGAAGGGGAUAAACCGGCUCGUGCAAGGACUUCGAAUUUGAACGAGGAGCUCGGACAGGUGGACACAAUUCUUUCUGAUAAAACGGGCACUCUCACGUGCAACUCAAUGGAUUUCGUCAAGUGCACAAUAGGCGGAGUAGCUUAUGGCCGUGGGAUGACCGAAGUAGAAAAGGCACUCGCUAAGCGAAAAAACUAUGCGCAUGAAAAUGAUAUAGAAAGAAUAUCAGAUAAUGAUAAUGACCGUUUAACGCCUAAGAAAAUGGUAAAAAGUUUCAACUUUAGUGACGAGCGUAUUAUGGAUGGUCGGUGGGUUUACGAGCCUCGUGCGGAGACUAUUCAGAAGUUCUUUAGAGUGUUGGCACUUUGUCAAACGGCUAUUCCCGAUUUUGAUCAAGAGACUGGUGAAGUCACGUAUGAAGCUGAGUCACCAGAUGAAGCUGCUUUUGUCAUUGCUGCAAGGGAGCUCGGGUUCGAAUUCUUUGAGAGAACUCAAAAUAGUAUAUCUUUGCAUGAAUUGGAUCACAAAAGUGGCAGAAAAGUUGAAAGAUCAUAUACACUUCUUCAUACACUGGAGUUCAGUGCGGCUCGUAAGAGAAUGUCAGUGAUAGUAAAAAACGCCGAAAAUCAGUUGUUGCUCCUGUGCAAGGGCGCGGACAGCGUGAUGUUUGAAAGGCUUUCAGAUGACGUGCAAGAUUUUGUAGCUGUAACAAAGGAUCAUAUCAAGAAAUAUGCUGAAGCAGGGCUACGAACUUUAGUGGUUGCAUAUCGUGAGCUCAGUGAAUCGGAAUUUAGGUCAUGGGAAGAGGAGUUUUUGUUGGCUCAGACAUCCUUAACUGCUGAUAGAGAUGCAUUAGUGGAGGAAUGUGCUGAUAAGAUCGAGAGGAACUUAGUUCUCCUUGGUGCUACAGCCGUCGAGGACAAACUGCAGAAGGGGGUCCCUGAAUGCAUUUCCAAGCUUGAACAUGCUGGAAUUAAAAUAUGGGUUAUAACAGGCGAUAAGAUGGAGACUGCGAUAAAUAUUGGGUAUGCUUGUAGCUUACUCAGAGAUGGCAUGAGGCAAAUAGUAAUUACUUUAGACUCGUCCGAGAUUAAUGAGCUAGAAAAGCAUGGAGACAAAGAGGUUAUUGCAAAGGCCUCAAGCACAAGCAUAACAAAUCAAAUCCGGGAAGGAAAACUUCAGUUGAGCUCGUCUGGAGGAAACUCUGCUGCCUUUUGCUUGAUAAUUGAUGGCAAGUCAUUGGCAUUUGCACUGAACAAGAAUCUGGAAGACUCGUUUUUGGAUCUUGCAAUGAAUUGUGCAUCUGUCAUAUGCUGUCGGUCCACGCCUAAACAGAAAGCUCUUGUUACAAGAUUGGUUAAAAAGGUCAAGGGCAGGACAACACUAGCUAUUGGUGACGGGGCAAAUGAUGUGGGAAUGCUUCAAGAAGCUGAUAUUGGGGUUGGCAUAAGUGGUGUUGAAGGCAUGCAGGCUUCAAUGUCGAGUGACUUUGCUAUAGCUCAGUUUCGGUUUCUCGAACGACUUUUAUUGGUUCACGGCCACUGGUGCUACAGACGAAUAUCUAUGAUGAUAUGCUAUUUCUUUUACAAGAACAUUGCUUUUGGGUUCACUCUAUUCUGGUUCGAAGCUCACGCCUCUUUCUCCGGACAACCAGCUUAUAACGAUUGGUACAUGUCGACUUACAACGUGUUCUUUACUUCACUUCCCGUGAUCGCACUUGGUGUUUUCGACCAGGAUGUUUCUGCUCGACUCUGUCUAAAGUACCCGGCCCUAUACCGAGAGGGAGUUGACAACAUCCUCUUCAGCUGGACCCGCGUGCUCGGCUGGAUCUCCAACGGCAUUCUCACUUCCAUGGUCAUCUUCUUCUUCACCACCAAAUCGGGCCUCCUUCAGGCCUUCCGCCCGGACGGCCACUUGCUCGAUUACGAGGUCCUCGGAGUCCUCAUGUACACGUGUGUCGUUUGGGCCGUCAACUGCCAGCUGGCGCUCUCCAUCAACUACUUCACUUGGAUCCAACACCUCGUCAUCUGGGGCAGCACCGCCACCUGGCACGUGUUCCUACUCGUAUAUGGGUCCAUCACGCCUGCUAUAUCCACCACAGCUUAUCGGGUCUUUGUCGAGGCAUGCGCUACGUCACCAUUCUACUGGCUCGUGACUCUACUUGUGGUCGUGUCGGCCCUGAUGCCUUACUAUCUCUACAGGGCCUUACAGACGGAGUUUUGCCCGAUGGUCCAUGAUGUGAUCCAGAGGAUGAGGGCCGAGGGAGGCCCGGCCGCCCCGAAUGGGCCUGAUGGGGAGAGGGUAAUUGUGGAAAGAGUGGGGAAAGAGGAAGAUACAUUGCUGAGUAAAUACUGA